AUGGACUUUGACCCCACUUCUCAUCCUCAUCGAAGAUUCAAUCCAUUGCUGAAUGAGUACAUUCUCGUUUCUCCGCAUCGAGCAAAACGACCCUGGCUGGGUCAAACGGAGACGCUACAGCCAACAAACCUCCCGCAAUACGAUCCAGAAUGUUACUUAUGCCCAGGAAAUACCCGAUCCGGUGGCCUAACCAAUCCCGUCUACGAGCAGACCUUCACAUUCGAGAAUGACUUUGCAGCCAUUCUCCCUCCUCCCGCACCAGCGCCACCUGUUCCAUCACACCCUCUGCUUAUAUCGCAGCCCGUCCAUGGCGGUUGCGAUGUCAUACUCUUUCACCCUCGACAUGACUUGACGCUAUCGCGGCUUGCUUUGGAGGACAUUGGGCAUAUUAUCGAGGAAUGGAUCGCAAUCUACGUCAAACGCAGCAUGCAAGAGGGAAUCAAGUACGUGCAGAUAUUCGAGAACAAAGGUUCCAUGAUGGGAUGUUCAAACCCUCAUCCCCACGGUCAAGUCUGGUCGCUGUCAGAAAUACCCAGUAUACCAUCGACUGAACUGGCUUCACUUGCGCAUUAUGCGGAGACCGAGACCUCAAGCACCGAUGCACCAAGAGGAUCCCAAGGGAGGCCGUGCAUGCUUUGCGAGUAUUCCCACAUCGAGGUCAAUGCUGGAGAUGACGAUGGGAGGGUUGUUGUCAAGAAUGACCACUGGGUGGCCCUCGUUCCAUGGUGGGCAACAUGGCCAUUUGAAAUCCUCCUACUUCCAUAUAAGAGACAUAUUCCCUCCGUUGAAGAGCUGUUGGCCGAGGAAAAGAAGGCGUUCGCCGACAUUUUGUCGAAAGUCACCAUCCGCUACGACAACCUUUUCUCCUGCAUGUUUGCCUAUUCAAUGGGAAUGCAUCAGCGCCCUACGCGGAGUGGAGACGACAUUGCCCAUCUUCAUCUACAUUUCGCGCCACCCUUGUUGCGGAGUGCCACUGUCAGAAAGUUCCUCGUUGGAUUCGAGCUUAUGGCGGAGGCUCAGAGGGACCUCACGCCAGAACAAGCAGCAGCGCGGUUGAGAGGGGUAGAGUCCAAGCAUUUCAUGUCAUCGUAG